UCAUCACUUGCAACUGAAAAAGGUGCACCCAUCAUGCUAUUACGCAACAUUUCUCCAGAAAGAGGCCAGUACAAUGAAACUCGGAUGUUCUGCAGAUCCUUUCGUCGUAAUUUGAUAAUUGCAAAAAUUGCCACUGGAGAAACUGCUAUGAUUUCUAGAAUAAGUCUUUUGUUUUCUACAGACGCAGGUACUGUUGGGUUCAAGUGCCGGCAGUUCCCUGUUAAGUUAACGUUCGGUAUGACUAUCAAUAAGGCUAAAGGCCAAACACUUGAAAAGGUUGGCAUAUACCUACCCUCACCAGUCCUUUCGCAUGAUCAGUUGUAUGUUGCCCUUUUAAGAGUAAAGUGUAAUGACCGUUUGUCUUGUUGGCUACGUUUCGGACGUAGGAUAUAA